CCGGGCGGUCCGGGGGAGGGCCCGGGCGGGCGCGGUCCCGGGCCGAGCGCGUACCCUGGUGCCCGCGGGGAGGUACGGGUAGCGUGGUGCCUUAGAGUGAAGCGGUCCGGAGGCCGCGCCAUGGACUCGGUCCCUGAAGAGUACGAGCUCAAUGGCGACCUGCGCCCCGAAUCGCCCCGAUCCCCGGACGCCUCGCCACCCCGCUGGGGCAGGAGCCAGCCUAUCAACGUGAACCAUUAUGCCAACAAGAAGAGUGCAGCAGAGAGCAUGCUGGAUAUCGCGCUGCUGAUGGCCAAUGCCUCUCAGUUGAAGGCCGUCAUCGACCAGGGCCCUAGCUUCGCCUUCUUUGUCCCUUUGGUGGUACUCAUCUCCAUCUCCCUUGUGCUGCAAAUCUGCGUGGGCGUGCUGCUCAUCUUCCUGGUCAGAUACGACCUCAACAACCCAGCCAAGCACGCCAAGCUGGACUUCCUCAACAACCUGGCCACUGGCCUGGUUUUCAUCAUCGUUGUGGUCAAUAUCUUCAUUACUGCCUUUGGUGUCCAGAAGCCUGUACUGGAUGUGGCACCACGGCAGUAGGGAUCAGUGGCCUGGAAAGCCGUCUCACCCUUGAGGCCUUGCCUGCUUACAUGCCGCGGUCCCUGGAAACACCAAAGCUGGGACUGGACUAGAGGACACUUGGGCCAGUGUGAGGCCUGCUCUGUGCUUGAUUGCUCCUCCUCCUGGAACAGGGAUAGUGAGGUCCAGCAAGGCCCAGCGGGCAGAAUUGGAGAACCCCAAGAAAGGUCACAGCCAGCACAGACACACAGCAGGCCUGAGGAGGGGCAGCAAGCAGCCAGGGCCAGCCUUAGUCUCAGGAUCUUCUCAGAGGGACCAGGAGAUGCCCCCCUUAGCCAGUGUACCCUUGGGAGACCCAUGGCCUCUGCUCUUCCUGACCCAGGCCCCAGCCAUGGCUGUGAGCCCUGCAUAUACCUUCCACCAGUAGUAACUGGGUGAGGUCUGGGGCCUGAGCCCACUUUUCUAAGCACAAAUGACCAAUAAAAUGGAUGCGUCUUC